AUGUCCUUGCAAGACGCCUUUGACAGAAGCCAAUUCCCUGUUGAUAAUCCGACAGUUCCAUUCUGGCAUCGAGACCUCGACGCGCUGCACAAUCACCGAUCAACAGAAGAACUUCCGGCGUCAAGCGAUGUUGUCAUCAUAGGUGCAGGCUACGCCGGAAUUGCUACCGCUUACCAUUUGGUUAAAGGAGAGGCAAGUGGGAAGAACCUCUCGGUCACGAUACUCGAGGCCCGCGGAGUCUGCUCUGGCGCAACAGGACGGAAUGGCGGCCACCUGCGGCCUGACCUUUACACCCCGAUGACAAGGCUCAUGGAACGAGUGGGUACGGAUUUGGCUUUGGAGGUGCCUGAAUUCGAAAUCGCGCAUUUACCUGCCUUGAAGGCCCUCAUCGAAAAGGAAAAUAUCGACUGUGACUUCACCCUCACCAGGUCCAUCGAUGUAUGGUGUAACGAAGAAGCCGCUCUCAAGGCUAAAAAGAUGUUCGAUACACUUCGCUCCCGUGACUUUGAAUUCAUGAAAGAUGUCUUCUUCGUUCUCGGCGAAAAUGCGGAGGGUAUAUCUGGUGUCAAGGGAGCCAAAGCAUAUGCUUCUUUUACGGCCGGAAGUCUGUGGCCAUAUAAACUCAUUUUGCAUCUCACCAAGGCGAUUCUUGGAACCGGUUUAGUUAACCUCCAAACCCAUACUCUGGUGACUUCUGUUACUCAGCAGUCUUCCGGUGCAUUUGUUGUCACGACACCUCGAGGCUCAAUUGUUGCCAAAAAGGUUGUGUACGCAAAUAACGCCUAUAUCUCAGGCCUUCUUCCGCAGUACGCUCCAGCUAUCGUACCAUGCAAAGGACUCUGUACUCAUAUCUCUGUACCUGACGGCGAGAGAGCGCCUCUGCUAAACAACUCCUACAUCGUGCGCGAAGAAGACAAAACGCUUUCUUAUCUGAUUCCUCGUCCGGAUGGUACCAUCGUUGUCGGCGGGGCAAGUUCAAGGCUUCAGUGUUUGCCAGAUCAAUGGUACAACAAUACAGAUGACUCUGUGCUGAUUGAAGACAUCAAGAAUUAUUUCGAUGGCUUCAUGCAGCGGAACUUCCACGGGUGGGAAAACAGCGGAGCUCAAGUGGACAAAGUAUGGACCGGAAUCAUGGGCUACUCCUGGGAUUCUCAGCCCCAUGUUGGCGUCCUUCCUGGGCAACAAGAUCAGUACGUUCUUGCAGGAUUCAACGGCCAUGGAAUGCCCGUGGUGUACUUGUGUGCCCUGGGGGUUGCCAAGAUGGUUGCCAACGGAAUUGAAUUUGAAAAUACCGGUGUCCCGACGGUGUUUAAAACAACCAAGGAAAGACUCGAAAAUGCGAAAAAUGAUCCUUCGGGGGAGACAUCUUUGCUAAAAGUUGAUGUUUUGUUGGCAUCAAUUGAUUACAGACUUUCAGUAAAUAGUAUCAGUAUGAGAGUAGAAGUCAAUUUUUAG